CCCGUCCCCCCCCCCCGCAUUACCAUCUUAGAGCCUAGUCGUUGGCGCCCAACAUCAUUGGCCUGCUCGAGCUUGUGCCGCAACCAUCGCAAAAUUUCGAGGCCACGACGCACGAUAUCGCACGCCUCAAUCGCCACGCAAACAGAGCGACUCGAGCCGCGGCUGUAGAGGUCAUCGCUCCCCACCACCCGGGCCACAGUCUUCCGUCACGGAUGAUGGCUGCUGAGGCCAGUCUGUCGAAUCCCGUCGAUGCUGCCACCACUUCUACCGAGCCUAUCAUCACCAUCAGCGCCGACUCCCAAGAUGUCGACUCGUCGCAGCCUCGCGUGAACGGCGCCGCUUCCUCGGACGAAAUUGGGGGCAAGCACCUCUCCGACAUUGUUGAUGACUUGGUGAACUCGGCCGAGGUUAGCGUUAGUGGAGGCUCCGACACCGAGGCGUCCAAGCCCGACGGCACAACCUCCAAAGAUGGCGACAAGGCGUACAGCAGGACCUCGUCCGCCAUCAAGAAGCCCGCCACGUUCAAAUCCGUGUCCGUCAACAGGACCUUCCUUGGCAGCAAAACCCCCACAGCCGCUGGCUCUAUUUCCAAGCCCCUGGACAAGCCUUCCUCAACAUCCUCGCUCUCGGCCCAACAGUCGGCCAGUGGCGCCUCUUCGGUGGCUCGACCUCGGCUAGUUGCGAAACUCGGCGUAUCGCGUGAUGGGAGCAAAGGACCUGGAGGCGUUGGGAAGGCUGCUGGGGCGCCAGAUGCCAGUGCUGUCUGGAACAAGAACCGACCUCCGCCCCCGCCUGAGCCUAAGAAGUUCACGGAUGAGGAGCUGAAGAAGUACGGGAUUCACAUGACGGAUCGGCUGGCUCCUGGCAACGAUGCUGCAGGGCAAAAUAACUGGGCUGAUAUCGAUGACGACGAUGAGGACUGGGUUCCUGGUGAGAUUCAGUGGAACGACGGCACCAAAGUGACUAUUCCGCAGGUGGACGAGCCGCAGGAGAGCCCGAAGCCAGCACCAGCGAUCCCAGCGCCGACCCCCACGAUGACGAUGACGGCACCCCUGAAAGACAAGGUGGUAUUGGAUAAACCGAAAUCCCCUGCGCCCAGCGCAUCACCAUCCACCAAACCGGCCAUCGGAGUUCUCGGGUCUGGCAAGGGACUAGUUCUCAAAGGCGCCCCAGAGAAGCCGACGUUGGUUGCGAGGCCACCGCCUCCGCCUGCCCCGAUCAAGUCACCGUGGGCCACCCUCCCGCCUGUGGAGAAAGCGCCCCUCGAUAAUGCCCCACCUCACGGCCUUGGCCGCCCGCCAGUCCGAGACGGACCGCCGAUGAAGAGCAUGACGCCUCCCCCCGCCAAGGAGAUUGCUGCCGACGACUUCAGCAGGUCUGGCGGUCCCGUCAGCCACAAUAGGGAGCUAUUCGAUUCGCGGUCGGGCCGUUACGAGCCUGUUGCUGAGCGGCGCGGCGUACCAAGAAACGAUGUCUAUCAGAGACACCCUGCCAGCGUUCUGCAGCGCCCCUCCCAUGUUGAAGGGCCUGCAGAGCCGUCCGCGGCCUUUCAGACCAAUAGGCCAGGUCCGCCAGAGCCUCCAUAUGGCCGGCGGCGCGGGUCGUCUAAUGUGAGCGGUGGUAGCGGCACCUACAUGCAACGACUGAACAAACCCCACGACCAGAUGAUGCCUCCGCCGGACCUGGCCAAUGUCCGACGGGGCUCUCUCGCCAGUGAUAGCCCUGUUUCUCCUCGCAACUUCUCGCCGUCCGGGCCGCGAUAUGGGCCUCAUGGGGCAUCGUGGCAUGCCCGCACAUCCCCCCACAUCUCGAACGCGGUGCCGCAUCCUGGCCCUGGACCGCAUGAUCCUGCUAUGCUCCCGCCUCCAAAUCAGCUACCUCAGCGCCCGCUCGAGGACGAGUUCGAGCUUCAGAAGAAGCUCAUGGCGGAGAAGCUGCAGCUUGCCCGGCAGCGCAAGGCUGAGGAGGAGGCCAAGGCAGAGGCAGAAAAACAAAAGAGAAUUGCGGCCAGGCUGGCGGCAUUGGGGCCCGCUCCCGAGAGCAGGAGCGCAAAGCAAGCGGCUGCGCGAGAGGUGGCGGCUUCGACUACGGCAGCCCCACCCGCGCCUUCCUCGUCUCAAAACCCGCCUUCCCAAGCACCAGGCCAGGACCCAGCACAGGCAACCUUGCAGGACGGCAAACCCGCUGAGAGCAAGGUGAUCUCAACGCGUCCAACUGGAUCGGACGACGGUGCAAACGCCAGCGCGGAUCCACCCAGCAACGGGCCUCGAAGGCUGCCAGCCAACGAAAACCCGCGCAGUGCCCACCCUCUGGCGAGUGGCGACGGCCGACCAUCUACCACCCAGGACGGCAAGCAGCCUUCGUGGCAGAGCUCGUCCACAACACAACACGAAUCUCGCCAGACCGAGCCUCGAUUUUCCUGGGGACCACCACCAGGACAGACAUCCACCCGCAAUCCUUGGGCUACCUCCAACAGCAACCGCACUUUGGGCAACGGCACAUUUGUGUCUGACCUGGGUCGCGUGCCCGAAACACUCCCUCCACAUCUACACCAGAUGCCUAUCGCCACCGCUCCGGGACCUGGUCCCAUCGGCCCUCCAGGUCCUGUCAAGCAACAGCUGCCGCUGCAUCCCAAGCCGAUUGCGCCUCCCAAGGUCGCUUCUCUCCCGACCGACCGUCGCUCAGCCGCAUCUGAUGAUGAUGUGAGGUCUCAGUGGGUCAAGGCGGCCAUGGCCACAGAUGAAAAGAUGACAAGCGAGGCUCGCGACCGGUUUGCGCAGCAGAAAUCGGACCUCGACGCCCGCGGUGUCAAGAUCGAGGACGCUCGUCCCACAUUCCGCGAUCAGUGGAAGCCUGUCCAGUUGGACAAUGAUGGCAGGCGCGUCGAGUCCAAGGACCGCGUCUCAGUCGUCCACGGCUCCACCUGGAGGCCCCCGCCGGCGGAGGAUCGCCCCGACGCCAAGGCCUCGACCGGCCCAGUCCCGCCAUCGUCGGGCAAGGCUAUCUCAGCUGCCACAUCUCUACAGACUCGCGGAUCGAGGUUCUUCCCGAGCAAGGACAGCCGAGCUGAUGGAACUACAAAUGCCGAAACGGCCCAACGUGGCUCUCCCUCCCCGCCACCUCCAGACAUGGACGGCCACCCGGCGUUUGACGGAGACGCCACCAACCCGCAUGUUGCUCUCCCACCAUCUCGUCCCGUUGUCCGGCUGCCGCCGUCUACGGCAGCCCACCGCUCCGCGGCGUCUGCGGUCCCUCCUCCAUCGGCCGCUCCGCCAAACGCGAACUCGGGUCCGCCAUUCAGCUGGGCGACGCCGAAGCCGUUUCAGGAGAACCUUGCUUCGCCGACCCACGCGCGAGGCAACCCAACAUCAUCGGUUCAGCGCCCCACGUCGAGCUGGCAAACAAAGAUCCAUGAUUUACUCCAUGACACCAAGUCCUCUCCGGCCCGUACAGCAGUCGACUCCACUAGCCGUGGCGCUAUGGAUUCGUCAGCCUCCCACAACCAGGCUACUGUGUCUUUGCCUGGCUUCUCUGGAUCGGUCGCAGUCGAUCGGGGCUCUCCCACCUCCAAAGACAUGGCCGAGGAGUGCUUCGAAGAGCAGGAGAUGGGCUCUCUCCCACCAGUUCGGUUGCCGGCAUCGGCGCCAGACGCGGCUUGGCACCCGGCAGUGGCCCCAGGCAGGAACUAUCCCAGGAAGAUCAACGCCACAACUGUCGAGGCGACCGAAGAUCCCCAGCCCAACUUUGCGUUCGUCAUGAUGCCGGGAUGGCCUAAAUCGAAGCGAGUGAACCUCCCCAACUCGAUGCGGUCAUACAGCAACCCCGUUCGUCCCAGCCGUGGACCACGCAACCCGGGACCGCGUCAGAACUCUGGCGUCAGCCGUGGCGGACCUGGCGGCGUCGGCGGCGGCGCUGGAGGCAACGGCCCCAGGCCCCGCGACGCCUCAAUGACCUCAUAUACCACCGAUGGCGGAUCAAUUCCGCCCUCCUCGUCAGGUCACGGAGCCCACGCGACGCCAACUGGCCGGGGAAGAGGAGGAUUCCGCCGGUCUGCUGACUGGGGCCGACGAGCGCCCACCCCUGUUCAGACGUAAACUCAGUCACAUCUAGAGAUCCUUGCCCACACUGGACUCUGGCCGUUGUUGAGGAUGUCUCUCACUCUUGUUUCUCAGCAGCUUCAUCGUCAAGCAUUCGACCUUUGAGAUCAAGUCUAGUCAGGAAUCCCCGCAGCUGCAACGCAUCUAUUUGCAAGCAUCCGAUCAGUCAUGCUUGCCUGUCGAAUAACCUAAAUUUCUUCGAAGAACCUCUAUGUGGUGGACCCCAGGCUUCCGUCGUAUAAGGAGGCCUACUUGGUCCACCUCAUCACUGCGGGUUUUUGUGUACAAACUGCCGAGCCUCCUGCAGCAGAGGACAAUGGCCUUUUUUUUUCUUCCUUUUCCCUCUGUCUUUCCCGAUGUCGCCCCGGACCGGCAUGGAGGAGUUUUGACAUGCCCUAACUCCACCAUGUAGCUCACCUAGUAGCUCACCUAACAAGGCAAGGCUAUGGUGCAAUUGUUAGGGAAGGACGAGGAGCUUGGCCAAUAAGCAAUGUUUGUCUAUGGAACGAUUGAAUGGGGGACGAAAGGGUGGAAGGAAAAAGCAAAAACGAAAGCUGACUUUCGGCCUUUCUUUGAUGGGCUUUGCUAUCGAUACUUGGUACUUAAUUUCUGCGACUCUGUUUUGAGGGGAAGACACCAUGAUGUUGUGCUCCUGCAACCGAUUCCAUUCCCCUGGCCUGUUUACCGGCCGCACCGAUAUUGCGAGACAGAUAUGGGACCCCCCUGGCUUGGCGAUAGGGCGUGCUUCAGGAAAUGGAUAGGCUUUCUUACCUACUGGACUUGUUUUUUUUAUUGCGCGUGUCGACUUCGGAAGGGGCCGGGAGGGGAAGGAUACCCGAUAUUGGUGGCUACGGACAUGUUUUCGAAGAAGCCGAUAAGGAUAGGUAGCGUGAUGGAAUCGGAGAUGGAGCAAAGACUCACGCUCCCUCUCCAUCAUACACACCCAACACACUCCAUAUACCCCUUUAGUAACCCCUUAAACAAGCUCAGCUUCUCGUCCUCG